ACCGUUUGGUGAACCAGCACAAGCCUGUUGUAUGCAGCUCAGAUCUCUGCUAUGCACUGCCACCCAGGAUGUCUCUCUUGGUCGACUCAUCGCAGCUGCAUGGCGCAGUCUUUCCCAUCUAAAACCCAACUCCUUGCCAUUGCUCGCUACUGAUGCCCGGGCCUCUCAACCAAUGAACCUGAUCGAGUACUUCCGCAGAUGGGGCCCGAGUGCCGGUCUGUCUGUAUCGGACCCCUCCAGCACAACUGUCCAGUUGGCACAGCAGGAACAGCUGCAAAAUCAAGUGCCACCGUACCCGUUACGUAUCGACAACAGCAGUAAUGCUCGCUCACUGCUGCUUCUACCCGAAAUCCUCGACCCCGUAUUCUCUCAACUUGACUGCAAAUCCAUCCUCGCUGUCCGACUAGUCUGCAAGCAGUGGGGAUCGAUUGCACGCCAUUGUCUCACGAUACGAGCGCUGUGGAAACAUGACCUGUCCAACCUGGAAAAGAAGAGUCUCGGUGCAAGAAUGACAUUCUUUGAUGCAUUGGAGGUUGUGUGUGGAAGCGACGAUUGGAUCAAGAGGAACGGCGCCGCGGACGAGGACAGCGACGCUGGCGCCAGCAAUAGCACCGGAGUCUCGACAGUGUCGACCAAGAAACACGAGUCACUGCAGGAUUUGAUCCCCGAGCCCAUUCUUAUUCUUAUGGCCAAGGACAACGCCGCGGCAGCUGACGCUGACCGGAUCCGGCUGCGCAAAUUGACCCUGAGAAUGGCGAGCGAUCUCUGCAAUUAUCUCGACAUUUGGUUGCCGCUGUUUCCUUUGACCACAUCCUUAGAGCUCAAUGACCUUGUCAAGACCGAGAUCCGGCUUUAUGACAUCCUAAAGGCCCUUCCAAACCUGAGAUCGCUUACUGUCGAGUACGCCAUGAGUGGCGAUGUUUCCUGGAAUCCGCAACAGCAAGGUCUCCAGAUCCCGUCCCAGGAGGAAUACAUCAACAGUGUCUCUACCUGCUACGCGAAAAUUACCUAUCCGCCCUUUACCCACAAAUUCCUUGAAAUCCUGAUUCUGCGACAUGUCAGGACAAGUCAAGCAUAUCUGGUGUCAUUGCUGGAGGCGCUACCGAACCUUCGAGAGCUCGAGGUACGGCUCAUGAAGCUCUGCGAGAAUCCUGAUACUGAGGAGUUGAAUUUUAAUCGACAGCGCCUGCACAAGACAUUGGCCAGGUCGGCCCCACUUCUCGAAUCCUUCCACUUUUCACUGUACCAUCAUGUGCUGACCUUGGAGGAGGCCAUCGACCUGAGAGAUCAUUUUCCAUCACUAAAGUCUUUCAGUGCUGUGGGCAAGGAUAUGGAUGACCAAGGCAGGGGCAAUCAAAUGAUUAUACUGAAUCACUAUGCGAACUACCUGACUAAGCUCGAGAUCUUGUGCUAUACUGAGAGUCAAUGCGACAAAUUUGUCGAGGCUUUGCAUCGGUUCUUGUGCAGUGCCCGGCAUUUGAAACAUUUGAUCGCCCCCAAGGUGAGGAUGUGGGCCGAGUAUAUGGACAUGGAGCCAGUUCGCGACACGCCUGAUGAUUCCAGCUCGGAGGACGACAACAACCAGGUACCUGACCAAGGCUACUAUCGACCCAGGAGCAAAAGGAUCCCUAAAUCGUUCAGGUGGAGGGUCCAUAUGAGAACGUGGGCAUGUCGCGACCUCGAAACGCUGCAUUUGGGAUUUUGUGCGCGGUUCGGGUACAGCAACGAGGCUAAGUGUUCAAGAGUCGUGUUCGGGUACAUCUCGAGGCAUUGCCCCAAUUUGAAGGAUCUGUCGGUCGUACGGACUGCACUUAAUCUGAAACUCGAAGGUGGACUUUGCCUCCUGACAAGGCUGAAGGACCUGGAGAGGCUGAAGAUUGUGGGGUACACAAGGUAUUUUAAUCUCGAACCUGAGGAUGUGAACUGGAUCGGACACAAGCAGGGUACAACUUCGACAAGGAUCGACAACAUCACAACGACAAAGGAAACCAUUCCAGGCACAGGAUCGGUAGUGGUGGCAGAUGCGAGGCUCAAGGACAAAGAGGGCCAGGCGAUCGCAUCUACUCCUUCAGUCGUUCCUAUCUCACCUGAUAAUCUCGCUAAGGUUUUCGCCAAAGAUGAGGAAUGGUACACCAGCCAGCUAUCGAAGGGACAACAUAGGAAAAAACGGAUCCAACGAAUGAAGAAACAUGAAAGGGCAACGCCGCGUUCUACCACUGAAACAUCCGCACCGUCAGUGCCUUCAAACAUGAAACUUCCGUUCAAGCAGCCUGCCGAGUCAGCAUAUCGAUGCUGGCCUUGUCUGAGAUCUUUUGUCCUGGCAGUCGAUCCUGAACAUCUCUUCAAGAACAAGAGGGACUUGGAUCUCAUUCCGAAACUUCGACCGGAUAUCAACUUUUGUGUGAGGCAGUAUAAUUGAAUAUACGCAAUGAAAUAUAUCAGCAGCGUUCGCUUGUGUAUUG